AUGGGGCAAAAUGGGCCCAGUGUUAGGAAAGGGACGUCAUCAGAAGGAGAGGUGAAACAAAGUCCACAGCUGUACGUGUCAUCUACCAAGCGGAUAUGGAAGAACCUAAUAGUGAUAGCUGUCGUCUUCCUGGUGAACUUCACGGCGUUUCGCGCCAUACAGAACCUGCAGAGCACGCUGAACAGCGCGGCCGGACUCGGCGUGGUGUCUUUAAGCUGUGUGUACGCGUGCAUGGUGCUGUCGUGCCUGUUCGUGCCCAUUCUCAUCCACAAAGUCGGCUCGUGCAAGUGGACCGUCGUGGUCUGUUUACUGGGGCACAUUUUAUACACAGGAUCCAACUUCUACCCAUCCUGGUACACUCUGAUACCGUCUUCAGUGUUGCUGGGGGCUAUUUCGGGUCCGCUUUGGACGGCACAGCUCACCUAUUUGACCCGCUCUGCUCAGGAAUAUGCCAAACUGUUAAAACGUGACAGCCCGGAGGGUGACCUUGCCAAGUUCAACGGCGUGUUCUACUUUACGUUCGACUUGGCCGGGCUUAGCGGCAACCUUAUUUCGUCCUUGGUGCUCUCUACAGGUAGACAGGACAUCGGGAAGGGAGAGCUGGAGUUCUGCGGCGCGAGGGAUUGUGGGAUUCGUCCCGAAACCAACUGGACUCUUCAUUACGUCACUAGAAACUCUAGCACGUCUUACAAUCAUUCCACCGCCGGACUUUCAGACGACAAUUUCAACCAACAGGCGAUUAUCUACACACUUUUCGGGGUCUUUCUCGCGUGCAACGUCUUGGCGGUGUUAAUUGCAGUACUUUGUCUCGACAAGGAUGUCAGAAGCCCGGAGCUGGCGUCCGCUGAGCCUGUCCCUACGGUGUCCCAACUCCUACUCCGUACAGUCCGCGUGUUGAAGGAUGUUGACUAUGUACUCCUGAUGCCGCUACUGGUCACCAUGGGGAUGUCCGAGGCCAUCGUAGCAGGAGAGAUCACAAAGUCGUACGUCAGCUGCGUCCUGGGUGUACAGAUGGUGGGUUACGUCAUGGUGUGCUUCAGCGUCACCAGUAGUGUGUUCUCUCCCCUGUUGGGUCACCUGAGUAAGUACGCGGGCACCAGGAUCAUCAUCCUCGCCGCUGUGGGCGUCAACGCCGUCCUGCUCAUUUACAUGUUGCUAUGGCAACCGGAUGAGGGCUCCCUUGCCAGAAUCCUGUCCGUGUCGGGAGGAUGGGGCGUGGUGAGGGCUGUCUGGCACACUCAGCUGUACGCUGUACUCGGAACCACAUUCCCGCGUAACCAGGAAGCCGUCUUCGCCAACGCCAAAAUGACGCAGAGUGUCGGCAACAUGCUGGUGUUCGCCUACAGCGCAGGUCUGUGCAUGGACGUGAAACUGUACAUCUACGCGGCUCUGCUGGCGAUGGGAGUGGCGGGGUACGGAGCGGUGGAGUGCCGGAAAACGCGCAACAAGAACAAGAACAACCCAGGAGACAACACACCGGGAAGUACGGAAGGUCCGGAGAAGGGUUGUGAAUGUGACGCCGCUCCGGAAAGAUGGGAUCUUUUGAAAGGGAAACGUCGUUAUAACCAUUCUUGAAACCAGCGAAUAAAAGCCUCUGUGGUACCAGUGCAGAUAUUCAAUUGUGACUUAUAUCAAUCUGUCACAUAUGAUAAAACUGAAUAUAACGUCCGGUUCUCAACAGUAAUGACGAAAGACUGAAAAAAGCGUAUCUGCUGUAAAUGGACCAAUACUGUACUUCUAAUA